AUGGUAGUUGUAAAUCCUGUUUUACUCUACAGUUCCCUUACGCAAUUUUCAAGCGUCUAUCAGUUAGAUAGGUUAUAUAUAUAUUAUAUAGAUAGCGGUAUAUCCAUUUCAUGUUUUGCUGCAUGUUUCUGGGAAUUUCCUUAUGUUUCUGGAAAUACUGUAAAGUUGCAGGGACGGGAGAGUAUUGUAUGUAUUGGUUCUUCAGGUGGAUUACUGAAAAUGGUUGCGAAAAGGCCUGUGGAAAAGUGUAAGCCCAGUGCUCCAGUCAUGGUAAAUUCGAAACGGACGAGCUUUGAGCUUGAUCUACCUGCAAAGAAACCGGUAACAUCAGUUACUACAGUAAAGUCGCCCUCUAGAUGCAUGCGAGCAGUAUCAAAAAGGAGGGUAAGGCGAGCCAGUGAUGAGGAUGAGGUUUUUGUUACUAUAGAGCCUGUGCGGAAAAGUAAGAAGGUCCAUUUAACGGAAAGACAACGAGAGAAGUUCAAUGAACGAAAUGAAAACGCAUUAUUUUUUGAAGAGGGGCUUUCGAGAAGUGACUCCAUUCCUCUUAUCGCCCGUUUGCCGCCUGAAUAUCUCGUUGAUUCGCAGUCACAGUCGAGUUUUUCGUCAUUUGCGAAGCCUUGCGCCACUGAAAAUUCCACCGACUUUUGCAGCUUUGCAGUACCUGAGCUUCCAAAGCAAAAUAUUAGUGGUUCGCAGAAAAAGAGCUCUCCUUUGAAAGUAGAUCAAGAAAAGUUAAAAGUCAAUCUGAAGGAGGAUAUAGGAGAGAUACAAGAAGAUAAUGCUUCUGACCUCACUAAGAAAAGUUUUCAUAAAAGUGAUAUUUGGUUGGAGGAAUCAGAUGACUCAGAUAACGAGACACAUUCUGAGAUUAAGAAAAAAGUGCGCGACAAAAAUGCUAGUAAAACUGAUAUUUUUGCAGAGAGGCAGACGGUUGCAGAACCACAAAGGAUAGAAGACAAUAGUAAAAAAGUAAAAAAAAAAGUUGCUGUGACCCAAGAAAGUAAUUUCGAAAUAAAGUCUCCGGAUGUAUUAGACGGUUUAAAUGCAGGUUUCACUGCUCGUGCACGUCAAGAAGUUCUAGACGGAUUUGACUGCUGUGAGAAGAUGUCUGGAAUUGAUGAGUCUGUUGAAAACUAUGAAGACCUCACAGGUAAAACUUCAAAAAAGAAAGAAAGUUUUUCGAAAGAAGAUAGGUUUUCUGGUACGAGUGUGAAAAAAACACCUCGAAGGUGCAAUGUCAGAAGCAAAGAUAUUCGUUCAUUUCUGUCCCCAAAAAAUGAAGGCGUGAAGGAACUAGAAUAUCUGCAAGAAAUAAAAAACGGUAGUUAUGGUCAGCAGACUUCUAACUGUGGUACCGCUGAGUCAGUUGAUUUAUUGUCAUCUGAAGGUGCGCCUGAGUGUAGUCAGAGACUUAGGGUUAAAUGCGUUGGAUCUGUACAAAAUGAUUCUGGGGGUUCUGCGGUUAUUUCUUCUGCUACUCUUUUAAUUCUAGCUGAGAAAGUGGAAGUUUGCGAAGAUGUUGAGGGAGAGAUCGCAGGACCUGUGGACAGUUCGCCUCCUGUGAAGGAGGAUGGAACUGAUAGAUGCGCUCAAGAUUGUAAAUUUAAAAAUGAGGCUUUGAUAAAUGGUGUUUCUCCACGUAACAGCGAAAGUAAUGGACAAGCGAUCGAGUUUCCAUAUGAGGAUGGCUGUGAGGGUCCUAGAAGGCAACAGCAGGCAAACGAAAUUUCCAAGAAGGAAAAUUCACCGGACAAUAAUACACCAACGAGAAGUCCGGUUGAGGGGAAUAUCGUUUCAAGCGUGGAAAAGAGGACACCUGGUAUAUUGAAAAAAAGUUCACCUGCAGUGUCUUCUAGGUUAGGGAGUGAGACUUCUUCACAAAAAUCGAAACGCGUACAUUUUGACGCAACUCAGGCAGAUCAUUCUAGUAGUGCACGCUUAAACAAGUCUAAACGUCAAUCUACUUCUCCUAUUGGCUCAGGAAGAAGGAGAUCUCAUUAUGCUGCAUUGUUUCAUAAUCCUGAUGAAAAGUCAGAAAAAGUUGAUCCUCCUCUAAAACUUCUAGAAGAAGCGCGACAAGAGGAACAAGUAAAGAAUGACGAGAAACCUUUGGUUGUGGAAUUGGUUACUUCAAAGGAAUCGCUCACUCCAAGGAUAUUAACAAAGUUGGCCCCUUAUGGGGUGCAGUCACUUCGAGCAGCGUUUAAGUCUCGGGGGAUUAAAACAGUUGGAGAUUUAGCUAAUUUAAAGAUAUCUGAACUUUCUGAGUUACCUAUUAAGGGUCCGAAAGCUGAGGUUGUUCGGGACGUUUUGUGUGAAGGGUGUAAAGUCCUUUCUUCAUUAAAGAAGCGGAAUGAGGGACCAUUUUGGAAGCGCUUGCUUGUUGAGGAGAAUAUUGCGAAGGAGGUUUGUGGCGCCAGUUGCAAAGCUGACAUAGGGGAUCAAGGUCGAACGCAUGAUUCAGUAAGUGCUGAGCAGCUGAAAAAAGACGUUUCUCAAAAAAGUGGGGGUGAAACUUCUGAAGCUGUACAGUUGUCUGAAGGUGCUAAGUCUCUUGAGGUUACGCAACCUGUUCAUUCUGUAACAGACAACAUGCAGAUUUUGUCUGGUGCUAGUUUAUCUUUGGUGGAGAAAAAUAACGUAGGAGAAUGCGUGGCAUCUAGGAUGCAGGAUGGAAUUUCCCUCCUGGGAAGUUCCUCUAAAGAAGUUGAGGACUGGAAAAAGACGAAUCUUCCAGAGGCAUUUGUUUUGGACACCACUGAACGGCGUGCAAUGACUAAUGUGGAGAAGAGCGAAGUCAAAGAAGAGCUAGGUUCUGCUUGCGUUGCGCCAAAUGGCGAUGAGAGCUGGAAAAAACAAUCAGGUCUCGAUUUGUGUCUCCACACGAAAGAUGUUCAGAUCCAGUGCGAUAUGACUCGUUAUGAAAAGCUUUUUUCAGCUCCACUUCUCAAGGGACUUACUAACGCUUGCCUGAUUCUGCAGAAGUAUGACGGCGAUGUCAAAAUUGCCACCGAAUCCGAAAGGACAGAAAUACGCAGCACACUGUGUGAAAUAAUCCAGAUUUGUACUAAGCAUUUGUUCUAA